CGAUGUAGAACAACGGGCCAUUUUUAAUCACGAAUCAAAAUGAUCAUGAACAACUUGGCUGACGAGUGCGGACCGCCGGGGUCAUCGUCGCGGAAAAUUAUUUUCAGCAGCGUGGCGUUUGGUCUCUUUUGCGUAUGGCACGCGUUGCACCUGCGGAAUUCAAUAGCCAGUUUAGAGAGUGACGCCAGAAACUUGGUUUUCCAGCAGGCUAUGGCCUACAUUGCGGCUAACGUGCCCCCAGAGGUGGCCAAAUGGUAUACAUAUUUCCCCAAGGAGACUGCGUAUUUGAGUGAACUGGACGAAGACGAUGAAGAAUUGAUAGACCAUGCCAGAAAACGAAUUUUGGUUCCUCCAACUGACUUGCAAUUAGAUCUCUCACUGGACCGGCCCAAUGUGACCGACCCUUCCAAAGGUCUUGCCCUGACCGUUGUCGGCCUCCUCGGAAAUAUGACAAAAGGAUUUUUUGUGGAGGCGGGCGCGCUGGAUGGCGAAGUGAUGUCGAGCACCCUGAUGAUGGAAAGAUUUCACGGCUGGAGCGGCCUUCUAGUCGAGCCCGAUCCUCUAAACUUCCGCGAUCUGCUCACGAGGAACAGAAAGGCCUGGCUCGCCCCCGUCUGCCUCAGCUUUCUCCAAAAGCCCAUCAUGGUUUCUUUUGAGCAAAAACUAAGUUUGGGGCGCAUUCAGGGUGCACCUGGCGCCCACAGGCCGGGCCUCGUCGACGUGCAGUGCGUGCCCUUUUUCACCCUGUUGAAGGCCCUCAACAAAACCACAAUUGACUACCUGAGUCUCGAUCUCGAGGGCAGUGAACUCGACGUCCUGAGGACCAUCCCCUUUGGAUACUUUGAUAUUACAGUUAUCUCGGUGGAGUUUACAAAAGUUCUGGAAGGAAAGCAGGUGCUGAAGGACUUCAUGAAGUCCAAAGGCUACAGGACCCUGGACGGAUCUGAAAACACAGCCUGGGGCAAAGACAAUUUUGUGUUUGUCAGAGAAAAAUAGAUUUUUACAUUACCUUCGCAUCUCUCUUUAUUUUUAAUUGCUAAAACGAGUUUUAUAUUGUUAUAUAUUUAAAGCUUCGAUUAGGAAGAGAAACAUAAUGAAAGCAAAACCUAUAUACAAUACAAUAGUAAUUGCACUUUCGAUUUUGCUGCGUACAUUGAGUUAAAACAACACAAAAGUGUAGAGGAGCGCAAAAAUACUGAGUUUUUUUUUCGGUUUCUACUUCUAUGGGUUUGUAAGUUCUAGUAUCACUGCAGUCGAUCACAGCUCAGUCUUUUCAGGUGUAUAUAAAUUUUCUGAGAGAACAAUUUCUCUCGCGCGCGCGAGCGUUUUAUAUAAUCAUAUAAGUUGUUGAAUCGUUUCACACUUCAGGCAACGGCGUGUCUCUGCCGGGCAGUGGUUUUUUGUACAUGGGGAUGAG